CGCUUACACGCUAUGUCGCUGUAUAUAGAUUCCUAGCGAUUUCGAACCUACCUUCAACGAACACGGAAGCUGAAACGGCAGCGUUUUUGAAGAUGACUGCCGGAAACUUGCUGUACGCUUCGCCGCCAGCGCCGAGUCCGCCGACUGACUUGGCGGACGAAGCGGCCUGGGUUUGGAUGCAGAUCAAGGCUGAGGCUCGGCGCGACGCCGAGGCGGAGCCGGCUCUGGCUAGCUACUUGUACUCGACGAUAAUAUCGCACUCGUCGCUGGACCGUUCGAUUUCCUUCCACUUGGGGAACAAGCUCUGCUCCUCAACGCUCCUGUCGACGCUUCUCUACGACAUCUUCAUCAACGCCUUCUCUACCGACCCGGAACUCCGCGCCGCCACCGUCGCCGAUCUCCUCGCCGCUCGAUACCGUGAUCCCGCCUGCGUUUCGUUCUCUCAUUGUCUCCUCAAUUACAAAGGCUUCCUCGCUUGCCAGGCCCAUCGAGUAGCUCACAAGCUUUGGAACCAAUCCCGAAGGCCCCUUGCUCUUGCGCUUCAAUCCCGGAUCUCAGAUGUUUUUGCUGUUGACAUCCACCCUGCAGCCAGGAUCGGAAAAGGCAUCCUUUUUGACCAUGCAACUGGCGUUGUAGUUGGUGAGACUGCAGUUAUUGGAAACAACGUCUCAAUACUCCACCACGUAACGUUGGGAGGCACGGGUAAGGUUGGUGGUGACCGGCACCCUAAGAUUGGCGACGGGGUGUUGAUUGGUGCAGGAGCAACGAUACUUGGAAACGUAAAGAUUGGUGUGGGGGCCAAGAUUGGGGCUGGUUCAGUAGUACUGAUUGACGUGCCUCCACAGACAACAGCGGUGGGGAAUCCUGCAAGGCUAGUAGGAGGGAAGGAGCAGCCGACUAAACACGAGGGAGUGCCUGGAGAGUCCAUGGACCAUACCUCAUUCAUUUCUGAAUGGUCUGAUUACAUCAUAUGACCCAGCUUUUCACCACACUAUAUUCUGGGCUAAUAUAGAUCAGAGCAGUGCUUGGUUCUGGCACUAGCAGAGGGCCAAAGACCUGACCUUUAUUUAUAGGCAGUUGCUGUAUUAUUUCAAUAAGUGGUCUCUGCAUUUUUGUACCAUUAGAGGUGAUUGUUGAGCAGUAUAUUUUUGUAUGCACACCUCUCUAUAGUCAAUUAUGUGCGAAUGUUUUGAAGUUGAGUUUGUGCUA